AUGAUCGGCGGUGCCGACGAGCCCGAACCGGAGGCCCAGCCUUCCACCCGCACGGCAGCCGCGCCUCCCCCUCCCUCGCCGCCGAUCGCGCCCCCUUCCUCGCCUCUUCCGGGCGCCGGCCUCGGCCGGAGGCUGCUCGGCUCCAUCCGCGCCUUCGCCCUCCCCGCGCCUCGCCCCGCCGCCGCCCCCAAGGUCGGCCUCGGCCUGCUGCUCCAUGCCAGCCCCGACCACCCCCUCCUCCACCCACCAACCCCGUCUCCGUCUGCGUCCGAGGACCCUCUCGACGAAGACGCUGCUGCGCCACGCCCUCACGCCCACGGCGCGGACCCGCUGAGCCGACACGGGGCCGCCGACGCUGCGUCGGCCCCAACCAACUCCAUGUCCACGCCCACCCACGUCGCGUCUCCGUCUAACGACGAGCCCAUCGCAGCCGACGUUUCGUCCGCGUCCGCGUCCGGGGAGGAGGACGACCCUGCGGAAGAUGCUUCCGAACGGCCUCACGCCGCCCACGCAGAGCCGCUCUCGCCGGUGAGCCGGUACAGACCCGUCGACCCUGCUGCGAGGAGGGCUCCGGCCAACACCAUGCUCACGCAGGCGCCUCCCCACCUCCUCCAGCACCUCAUGCCGGCGGCGGACGCGGACGGUGACCAGGACCAGGAGCCCGGCCUGGUGCUGGUGGGUGGGCAACAAGCCGACGAAUUUCGCGCGGGCGACGAGUCAAGGCCCACCACCAACGUCGCGUCUCCGUCUAAGGACGAGUCAGUCACCGCAACCGACGCGUCCGAGGAGGACGACCCUCUGGAAGGUGCUGCCGAACGGCGCCACGCCACCGACCCAGAGCUGCUGCUCUCGCCGGUGAACCGGUACAGACUCAUGGACCCUGCUGCAAGGAGGGCUCCGGCCAGCACCAUGCUCACGCGGUGGGCAUCCAAGGCGGCUCCCCACCUCCUCCAGCACCUCGUGCCUGAUAUUGCACUGGGAGAUCACGAUGCUGCUGCUGGGGAUGAUCAAGAAGAGAAGGUGCUGCAGCAGUGCGCCGUUGAUCAGCUGACAGCUGCCAGGGAUGAUCAGGAGGUGGUACAGCGAGGUGCUAUCCACCCAAGGGAUGACACCGCAUAUGACAUUGCUGCUGAGGAUCAAGAGAAGGUGGGAGAUGCUGUGGAAGGCCAGGAGUUGGUGGAGCAAGAUGCCAUUGACAGAAAGGGUGAAGGCACAAUUGGCACUGCUGUUAACGGUCAAGACAAGACUGUAGAGCAAUGUGGCUCUUAUGGAUUGGGAACAACUGAGAAUGGUGAUAUCGAGAAUGAUCAGGAGGCGGUGGAGCAAUGUGUCAUCGACAAAGAGGGUGCAGCCAUGGAUGAUAAUGCUGUCAAAGAUCACGAGGUGACAGGGCCAACUGUCGUAGAUGGAAUGCGUGCUACCAUAGAUGACAUUUCUACCGAGGAUCUAGAGAAGAAAGUGGAGCAAUAUGCAACUUAUGACUCAAUCGAGAAUGAUAAUGCUGUGGAAGAUCAGGAGGUGGUACAGCAAGGUGCCAUCCACCCAAGGAAUGAAACCACAUAUGCCAUUGCUGCUGAGGAGCAAGAGAAGGUGGGAUCAGCCGAGAAUGUUAAUGUUGCGGAAGGCCAGGAGUUGGUGAAGCAAGAUGCCAUUGACAGAAAGGGUGAAGGCACAGAUGGCACUGCUGCGGAGGGUCAAGACAAGACUGUAGAGCAAUGUGGCUCUUAUGGAUUGGGAACGACUGAGAAUGGUGAUGCAGAGAAUGACCGGAAGGUGAUGGAGCAAUGUGUCAUUGACAAAGAGCGUGCAGACAUGGAUGAUAAUGCUGUGAAAUAUCACGUGGUAGGGCUAACUGAAGGCACAGAUAGCACACAUUCCAUCGUGAAUGACAUUUCUGCCGAGGAUCAAGAGAAGAAAGUGGAGCAAUACACAACUUAUGACUCGGAAGCAAUCGAGAAUGAUGAUGUUGUGGAAGAACAGGAGGUGGUGGAGCAAGAGGUUGUCUUCAGAGAGGGUUUAACCAUUGACCAUGAUGAUUCUGUCGAAGACCACAAUGUGGUAGAUCAAUCUAUCAUUGAACGAAUGCCCGCUCCUACUGAUGACAAAGAUCAAAAGGAAGUGGUGAAGCAAUGUGCAGUUCAUGAACCAAGAGCAACUGAGAUUGAGUAUACUGUCAAAGAAAACGAGAAGGUGGUGGAGCAACGUGUCAUUGACAAACAGGGUGCAUCGAACAUGGAUGUUGCUGCGAAUAAUCAGGAUAAGUUGAUGAAGGAACACAUCAUCGACAACCAGGGUACAGUGCCCAUGGAUGAUAUUGCGGUGAAAGACCUUGAUAAAGCAGCGGCACAAUAUGCCAGUGAUGUCAUCGACGAAAAUGGCAGAACCAAGGAUGAUAUUUAUGUGGAGGAAGAUGACUAUCUGAAGGAACAAGUCAUCGUUGACAAUUGGGGUACAUUCAGUGAUGCUACUGCUUUGGAAGAUCAGAAGAAUGAGGGUGAACAAUGCAAAGGUGAUGAACAGAUAGUGGGCAAGGACAUGUAUGCUGUUCACAUGAAGGGGAGCAUGUUGGAGCAAGGGACUGGUGGCAAACAGGGAGCAACAAAGUCUGAUUUUACUGUUGAAAAGUGCAAGGAUGUAGUGGAGCGUGUUUGUCAUGAAUGGGGUGCACCUGAUGAUGAUCUUGCUAUGGACACGGCAGCUUCUCAAAGUAUCAGAGAAGUUUCAUCUUCUGAGGUGGUUUCAGCUACGGCAAAUGGCAGUGAUGGGGGUAUCUGGAAGAAGGAGAAGGUUAAGCUGCCCAUUAGGUAUCCUCAAAGGCCUGGGAAACUGAACUGCCCCUUUUACAUGUCAAGCGGGAGCUGCUCAUACGGGUUCUCAUGCCAAUUUCAUCACCCACCGCUUAAAGCCAAUCCAGAUGGUUCAUGGCGUCCCUCUGAACAAGGAAAUCAUGGCGUUGCUGAGACCCUGGAACUGAACCGCAUUGGCCUCCCCAUACGAAGAGGAGCAAGAAAUUGCACGUACUAUAUGCGGAAUGGUGCUUGCAGAUAUGGCAAACACUGUCAUUUUAACCAUCCAGAGCAUGUAAUUGAUGCUCAGUUCUAUACACCAACAGGGUGGGAGGAUAAUGCUUUGCAAUUGGAGAAAUCUUCUGACCAGACAACAUUAGAUGACACAUCACACUUGAAGAAAUCUUCUGAUGAUACAACAUUGGGUGGCACGUCAUACUCAAAGAAGUCUUCUGACCAUGCAACCUUGGAUGGCACAUCAUACUCAAAGAAGUCUUCUGACCAUGCAACGUUAGAUGAUACGUCGUCUAGCUCAGAGAUCCUGCCAUCGAACAUAUUAAGAAUGCUCUUACCUUCCCAAAAAGUGCUGCCUAGUACAGAAGUAAAGGUGAAAAAGGAUUCAGAUUGGCCAUCUACUUCAGAUGAUUCUGAUGGUUGCUGUUCAGCAGAUAGUUCAGAUGGGCCUUUGUGCAAGCAGGAGCAUGUGGAUUACCCUGAGAGGCCUGGCAGACCAGAAUGCCCCUUCUAUAUGAGGUUCGGUGAUUGUAAAUUUGCAUCAGCAUGCAAAUAUCACCACUCAAAAGACAAAUACCCAACUAGAUACCAUCCGAAAGUUCCAUCACUGGGAGGGGAACAGAGAGAAUAUCCUGAGAGACCUGAGGAACCAGAAUGCCCCUUCUAUAUGAAAAACCGGUUCUGUAAAUUUGGGGCACAAUGUAGGUUUAAUCACCCAAAGGAUUCAAGUCCUACUGUGCAGAACUCAAUGAAUGCAAAAAAGUCAGUUGCCAGUAAUGAACAUCAUCAAUCUACCACAACCACACUAGAAGACUAUAUGCCCCAGCAACAGCAGUACCCUGAGAGACCUGGUCAGCCAGACUGCCGGUACUACCUGCAAUUUGGGGAAUGUAAGUUUCUGUCUGCGUGUAUAUUUAACCAUCCAAGAGAUGAACUUCCAGUUGGGUGGAAUCCCUCAGGUCCAGCUCACUCUGAUCAGAUUGAACCUGAAACACAUGGCAUGCCAGAAUGCCCAUUCUAUAUGAAAAGUGGGAAAUGUCAAUUUGGGUCAGCUUGUGAAUUUCGUCAUCCCAAAGAUACAGAGGGAGCAUUUGGUCAGAGAACUGACUUGGCAGAUGAUACUUCCACAAGGCCAGAGAAUGUUGUGCAGAAACAAGAACAGGCCAUGUAUCCUGAAAGGCCUGGUGAACCUCGGUGUUUCGACUACAUGAGUCAUGGCUCCUGUAGAAGGCAGAUGAACUGCAAAUACCACCAUCCAGCAGACCGUCUCUCUAGGAAACAGUACGACUCGACUUACCACUGA